AUGGUGUUAGCGUGUGGGAGGCUUCUCGGGAAGAGGUUCCCCAAUACAACUCAUGAAGGUUUCAAUGUCACCCUUCACACCACCCUGGCGGUCACUACGAAACUGGUGCGUCCGAGCCCCGCCAAGCCCAUCCUCCCGGUGCAGACGGGGCAGCAGGCUCAGCAGGAGGAGCAGUCAAGCGGCAUGACCAUUUUCUUCAGCCUCCUGGUGCUCGCUAUCUGCAUCAUAUUGGUGCAUCUACUGAUCCGAUACAGAUUACAUUUCCUGCCAGAGAGCGUUGCUGUUGUCUCUUUAGGUAUUCUCAUGGGAGCAGUUAUAAAAAUUAUAGAGUUUAAAAAACUGGCAAAUUGGAAGGAGGAAGAAAUGUUUCGUCCAAAUAUGUUUUUCCUCCUUUUGCUUCCACCUAUUAUAUUUGAGUCAGGAUAUUCAUUACACAAGGGUAACUUCUUUCAAAAUAUUGGUUCCAUCACCCUAUUUGCUGUUUUUGGUACGGCAAUUUCCGCUUUUGUAGUAGGUGGAGGAAUUUACUUUCUGGGUCAGGCUGAUGUAAUCUCUAAACUCAACAUGACAGACAGUUUUGCAUUUGGCUCCCUAAUAUCUGCUGUUGAUCCAGUGGCUACUAUUGCUAUUUUCAAUGCACUUCAUGUGGACCCGGUGCUCAACAUGCUGGUUUUUGGAGAGAGCAUUCUCAACGAUGCAGUCUCCAUUGUCCUGACCAACACAGCUGAAGGUUUAACAAGAAAAAAUAUGUCAGAUGUCAGUGGGUGGCAAACAUUUUUACAAGCCCUUGGCUACUUCCUCAAAAUGUUCUUUGGCUCAGCAGCACUCGGCACUCUCACUGGCUUAAUCUCUGCAUUAGUGCUAAAGCAUAUUGACUUGAGGAAAACGCCUUCCUUGGAGUUUGGCAUGAUGAUCAUUUUUGCUUAUCUUCCAUAUGGGCUCGCAGAAGGAAUCUCACUCUCAGGCAUUAUGGCCAUCCUAUUCUCAGGCAUCGUGAUGUCUCACUACACACACCAUAACCUGUCCCCAGUCACCCAGAUCCUCAUGCAGCAAACCCUCCGGACUGUGGCCUUCUUGUGCGAAACAUGUGUGUUUGCAUUUCUUGGCCUGUCCAUUUUUAGUUUCCCUCACAAGUUUGAAAUUUCCUUUGUCAUCUGGUGCAUAGUGCUCGUGCUGUUUGGCAGAGCGGUGAACAUUUUCCCUCUCUCCUACCUCCUGAAUUUCUUCCGUGAUCAUAAAAUCACACCAAAGAUGAUGUUCAUCAUGUGGUUCAGCGGCCUGCGGGGGGCCAUCCCCUACGCCCUGAGCCUGCACCUGGACCUGGAGCCCAUGGAGAAGCGGCAGCUCAUCGGCACCACCACCAUCAGCAUCGUGCUCUUCACCAUUCUCCUGCUGGGCGGCAGCACCAUGCCCCUCAUCCGCUUUGCGGACAUCGAGGAUGCCAGGGCGCGCCGCAGGAACAAGAAGGACGUCAACCUCAGCAAGACCGAGAAGAUGGGCAACACCGUCGAGUCGGAGCACCUGUCGGAGCUCACCGAGGAGGAGUACGAAGCCCACUACGUCAGGCGGCAGGACCUCAAAGGCUUCCUGUGGCUGGACGCCAAGUACCUGAACCCCUUCUUCACACGGCGGCUGACCCAGGAGGACCUCCACCACGGGCGCAUCCAGAUGAAAACCCUCACCAACAAGUGGUACGAAGAGGUGCGCCAAGGCCCCUCCGGCUCCGAGGACGACGAGCAGGAGCUGCUGUGA